AUGUCUGAACAAUCACUCAUCGGUAGCCAAACCAACGGCUCUGCCAAUGGUAGCACACCUGAGUCUGACUGGGAUGCAAAGAUCCAGAAACUCAAUGGCGAACUAAAGCAGGCCAAGUAUCUUGCUGGCUUCCAUGGAGAUGCCCUGAUCGGAGAUGUUACCCGACCUGGAGUCAAGUGGUGGACCGACCUCCGCAGUAUUCUCACCUUUCAGCACCUUCCUGCCAUCAAAAAUGUUUUGAUUCACUAUAUCAAGACCAAAACUCUUGAUAAAACAAACUUGGCAGGGUUGGUAGGAUCCAUCUCCAAUGACAGUCUUCUACGUGCCAAGUUCAUCGAGGGAGAAGUCAAGACCAAGUAUGAGCGCAUGCUUCAUCCACCAAUUACAUAUCUUGGUGACGCAUUCAAGUAUCGUACUGCCGAUGGCAAGUUCAACAGUGCCAUGCAUCCCCAGCUUGGUCAAGCUGGUGCACCAUAUGCCAAGACAGUCCCAAGCAAAACCCACCCUCUUGGAGCCCUGCCUGAUCCUGCUGAUCUCUUCGAUCGCCUAAUGGCUCGAGACGCUGGCCCGGAUGGCAAUGGCCGACCAUCCACCUCUGGCCUGUCAUCUAUGCUGAUCUACCACGCCACUAUUAUCAUUCACGACAUCUUCAGAACCAAUGAUACCGACAAGAACAUCUCCGACUCGUCUUCGUAUCUUGACCUAUCUCCUCUUUACGGUUUCACCGAGGAGAUGCAGCGCAAGGUCCGAGAUGGCAAGUACAAGCUGGGUCUUCUCAAGCCUGACACCUUUGCUGAAGACAGACUUUUGCGGCAGCCUCCAGGAGUUUGCAUUUAUCUCGUCAUGUACAACCGUUACCACAAUUACGUCGCCACUCAGCUGCGCCGCAUCAAUGAGAACGGUCGCUUCGCUGUGCCCUCCAAAUUCCGAGACGCGCCUUUGGCAUCUGCUGCCCAAGAGUUUGUCAAGGACGCAGACAAAGCCUUGCUCCAUGACAUCAGCAAGUACCACAAAAUGUGGAGGCAUCGUCGAUCAGCUGGAAUCGAAGAUGAUGAUGACGAGGAUGAAAAGUUUGAUGAACUCCAACACAACCUGCGCCAGAAAACUCUUGCUGGUAUCGAAAAGGGUCUUCGCCAGGAGAGUGAGCGCCAGAAAGCGCUGUAUCUUGAGGUCACAGGGAAGGAGCACGAUGAUUCCGCUGAUGCCAAGAGGAAGAAAUACGACCCUGAAGGUGUUCUUGAGCAAUUUCUCAAGGCUCACGAGGCGGCUUGGGAUAAGCUCGAUGAGGACCUUUUCCAGACUGCACGAUUAAUCACUUGUGGUAUGUACAUACAAGUGAGUAUCCACGAUUACCUACGUGGUCUCAUGGGAUUCAUGAACUUUGAUACCAACUUCACUCUUGACCCUCGAGUCGAAAUGAAGAACCACAAGAACGUUUCCCGCGGAUUGGGUAACCAAGUCACGGUUGAGUUCAAUCUCCUCUAUCGCUUUCAUUGUGCCAUCUCCAUGAAGGAUGAGAGCUAUGCUGAAUCCUUCAUGGCUGAGCUCUUCGAGAAGGAUGAGCAGUGGGACCCGAAGUCUAUGGGACUACCACAGUUCAUGCAGGAGAUGGGCAAGAUGAAAGCCAAGGAAGGUCUUAAAAAGCCACUUGAGCCAUGUGAGCAGGAGUUUGGUCUUCGAAAUGAAGGAAAUCCCCGAUUCAAGCCCUUCAAGAGGAACAAGUACACUGGCUUGUUCGACGAUGAGGCAAUGGUCAAUGAACUGACAAGCGCUAUGGAUGAUCCAAUUGCCAACUUUGGUCCUCUCAAUGUGCCUCAAUGUCUCAGAGCCGUCGAGAUUCUCGGCAUUAUGCAGGCCCGCAAAUGGGAGAUCGGCACAUUGAAUGACUUCAGAGACUUUUUCGGCAUGAAGAGACAUGAUUCCUUUGAGUCAAUCACGCCCAACGAGCAGGUCCAGAAUGCCCUGCGUGAUCUAUACGAACAUCCCGACAAGGUGGAAUUGUACCCCGGCAUUUUCUGUGAGACCAACCAAGCGAACGGUCAAUUGAAUGCCGACCCUGGUCCUUCGGAUUUGGACUCUGCGUUAUGGGCGGCCAUCUUUUCUGAUGCCAUCACCCUCGUCCGAUCCGAUCGCUUCUACACUGUCGACUGGAACACCAACUCUCUGACCAACUGGGGUAUGAAGGAGGUCACUCCUGACAACGAUGUCUGCAAGAGCUCCAUGUUCCACCGUCUCAUUCAGCGCGCGUUCCCUGAAUGGUAUCCCUACGAUUCAAUUCGCUUCUUCCACCCAUUCUACACUGGUGAGAAGCUCGCCGAACUUGCCAAGGCGCAGGGUUACGACAAGGAGUUCUCUGUCAAGACUACGCCCUUGAAGAAGGCCAAGAAGAACUCUCGUGGCGAGAUGACAAAGUUUGACUUUGAGCUCACAAAGUCCAACCCUCAACGGCCAAGCAAGACAGUGUACUUGACUCACAGCGAUGACAUCAAGCGCAUUCUUGAGGAUACCUCUGACAUCUUGGUUCAUCCUGCGCGAACUAGGAUCUCUGAUCUACCACCGGUGAUCCACGAUGUUUUGAAGCCUGGUCAGAACAACGAUCCGAAGAAGAACGGUGUGUCGGUCGAAGCUGCGGCGAAGCACUCUACUAUGGAACAUGAGCAUAUUCAGUCAUACUUGGUUGAGGUUGCUCAUAAUAUCAUCAAGCGCGAGGUCGUUACUACCGACAAGGUCAAGGGUAUAUAUCAGCUCGAUAUCGUGCGAGAUUAUGCCGUUCCUAUUGUUACCCGCUUCGUCGCCGAUUUCCUCGGAUUUGGCCAUCUUCUCCGUUCCGACACCAACUCUCACGCGCCCUACUCGGAGAAUGAGAUCUACCAGCACAUCAACAAUUGUCAGGUCUUCCUCUCGUACAACACUGACGAGACCAAGCUUCUCAAGCGCCGUAAAGCGUUCCGAGACUCGAUGACGUUCCUUCUCGAAUUGACCGAGGCAGGCAACAUCCGCGAAGCCGGCAAGUGGCGCACCACACGAUGGGUGCAGGGUUUCUUUGGCGCUAUUGCCUCUCUGGGCCAGGACAAGCCUAACUUUAUGACAGCCCUGGGAUACAGGGUUGCUGGUGAAGUAUUGCAGAGGGAGAGCAACACCAACAAGGCUGCUACCAUCCUUCUCCUGACUGGCUUAGACAGUGCAUACAAUGUGGUGCUUGCGUUCACGUCGGUGAUGGAGUCAUUCUUACAGUACCUCUACGUCAAGAAGCCGGACGAGAAAGGGCAGAAGAUCAAGGAUGCUUGGCAUGAUAUCCAGGAGCUAGCCUUUGAGGAAGAUGCCAAGUCCAACGAACGUAUUCAGGCUCUUGUUCUCAAGGUCCAGAGAUGGAGUGUUCGCCUGCCUAUCGUUCGCAAGGCAUCCGAAAGCACCACCAUCCAGGCCUACAACUGGCACACCAAGACCUCGGAGCCUAUGAAGCUUGCCAAGGGCACAGUUGUCGUUUGCGAUAUCAACAAGGCGGAGCGACAGAACUCAAGCGAGUCUGCCGAUGAGCGACACGAAUUGAACUAUUGUUCCAGUUUUGCCGAGGCCUUCAGCGAGUACCACCCCAAGCACGUGGCCGCAACUAGUCUUGUCACCAUGGUCAAGGUCCUGGCUCAGCUGAAGAACCUUCGCCGUGGACAUGACACACAGGGUGUUUCCAAGAAGAUCUCAAUUGAUGCGUCCUGUGUUGGGUAUGCGAACUACAUGGCGCCCAUGCGACUCGACGAGAUUGGGAUCAAGGUCAAGGAGGCACGCAAGAAUAACGAGUUGACCGCGGAGCAACUUGAAGCUAUCUACCCGUCCGAGAUCAGGAAGCCUUCUACUGCUACGUAUCUGACUACCGAGUGGGAUGAGAUGGUUCCUUUCCCAACCACCUGGAAGCUACGCUUCGAUGGCUACGGUGUCUCGGACUACAGCAAGAACAACUACGAGGUCCUCAAGGUGUUCAAGAUUCCCGAUGACAUUCAGCCAUUCUAUCAGCCCAAUGGACCAUCUCACAUUGGUGGAUCUUUCGCGACACCGACCUGUGUCUGCCACGAGUCAUGGAAGAAGGAGAACAAGGGUCAUGAGGGCCAUGAGCAUGAGGCUGGCACUCAUGAGAUUCUUUCGGCUUGCGGGCAUGCGCACGCACCUAUGCCUGCUACAUCGGGAUCCGACUUGAACACCUCGGAAAAUACUACUCACAUCUCCCUCUCCAAUGACCGAUUCGCCGUCGUUCUAGCCAAGUCCAGUGGCCAUAUAAUCGAUGCAGCACUUGAUGGGCAAGAUCUGCUGGGUCCUCUCAGUGGCAAUUCGGGAAAAGGACCCUAUCUUGACUGCUCUUGUACUCCAUCUGGGUUCUGGACGCCAGGAAGCACUGCACAACUUCGUCUCAUUAAAGGAACAGAUGCGGACGGGACAAAGUAUGGAGGAAUUGUUAUGAGCGACACCUUUAAGCCUACCAAUCAGACGUUAUCCCAGUACUUCUUCCUUCACGGCGAGGAGACGGGCCUACACGCUUUUACUCGUCUUACCUACUUCAAUGCAUCUGCACCAUUCCUCCGCGACUUGGGUGAACUUCGCACUCUAUUCAGACCAAACACAAAGCUAUGGACCCACUUCUCAACAAGCAAAGGCAACUAUGGACCUCUGCCUGAUGCCUCGGGUGCUCUUACGGUACAAGAUGCGACUUGGUAUGUUGGCGACAAGACCAGCGACCCGUACGUGGAGCAGUACUCGAACUACUGGACGAAGUACAGCCUUUCAGAAAGCUGGCGUAAUCAUGAUGUCCAUGGAGAGUUCAGCGAUGGGUCCACCAGUGAUGAUGGAAGUACGUUCGGUGCGUGGUUGGUUCACAAUACCCGCGAGACAUAUUACGGCGGCCCAUUGCACUCAGAUCUUGUCGUAGAUGGCAUCGUGUACAACUACAUGGUGUCAGGACAUCAUGGGGCUCCCAUGCCUAACAUAACGCAUGGUUUCGAUCGGACAUGGGGUCCUCAGUUCUACUACUUCAACAAAGGCAGCAAGGACACAACGUUGGAAGAGUUGCGAGCCGAUGCUGCUAAAUACGCUGAUCCUGAAUGGAAUGCGAAAUUCUACGACAGUAUUGCUCACCACGUGCCAAACUUUGCUCCUUCGGCGAAGAGGACAAAGUACAGCGGCAAGGUCAAUCUUCCGAAGAACGCGAAAAACCCCAUCAUCGUUUUGGCCGAGAACAAGCAAGACUUUCAGCUCAAUGUUUUCAACACAAAAUCACUUCAGUACUGGGCUGAAAUUGGCAAGUCUGGGGAAUACAGUAUCCCACAGGUUGUUGAAGGAACGUACAGAGUCACCAUCUAUGCCGAUGGGGUCUUUGGGUGGUUUAUCAAGGAUGACAUCCGGGUAUCCAAAUCCCACAACAAGGGCACGUUUACAUGGCGCGAGGAGAACGCUGGUAAAGAGCUUUGGCGCAUCGGAACCCCCGACAAGUCAUCUGGGGAAUAUCUCCACGGUUACGCACCUGAUAUAUCCAAGCCGAUUGAACCGGAACAAUAUCGUAUUUACUGGGGCAAGUACGACUUCGAAAAGGACUUUCCAAAGGGUGUUAACUUUCACAUUGGCAAGGAUGAUGAAGCAAAAGAUCUUAACUACGUACACUGGUCGUUCUUUGCCGCCAAGGGUAACCAUCUUCGCUCCGAAAACUACUACGGCAAUGUCAAUAACUGGACCAUUACAUUCGACCUCAGCAAAAAUCAGCUCAAAAACGUCAAAACAGCUACUUUCACGGUUCAAAUCGCGGGAUCGAGAACAGGCAACGGGAAUGCGAAGUGGACACCCGUCAAUGACAGAUUCAAUAGCAACCUUCCGUGGACUGUGAAUGUCAAUGGAGGAUAUGAAGACACUUGGGUGAUCCCCUAUUGGCGAUCCGGGUCUUGUGCUGUGAGAAGCGCUGUUGCGUGUCAGAAUAUUGAGCACAAGUUCCAGUUCCCUACGUCCAAGUUGAAGCCAGGCAGAAAUGAGUUUGUUCUGAGUUUGCCUUUUAAUGCUUCGAGUAUUGAGACGGCUUUGCUGCCUGAUACGCUUUAUGUCCAGUAUGAUGCCCUUAGACUCGAAGUCAAGUGA